UUAUGAUGUCGUCGAUGCCUAAGCUAUCCAACGAUAUUUUACAAAUUAUAUCUGAAAAGUUACUCUUUAAAAAGCCACCUGAUGAUAAAAUGUUUAAUCAAAUGGAUCUGCGAUCAUUGAAUGCUUAUACACUCUUCAUGUAUCACAGUGCAAAAAACAUGCGAUCUUUUCUCUCCAAUUUUACUAAAAUGAAACGUCUUGAACUUCUUAAUAGUGGUGACAAUUUUAGAAUUAAUUUGUACAAAGACGAAAGUUUACCAUUUAAUAUGAUUAAUAAUGUAAAAUGA